CAGCUCACGGCAACGCCAGAUCAUUAACCCACUGAACGAGGCCAGGGAUCCAGCCCACAACCUCUUGGUUCCUAGUUGGAUUUGUUUCCGCUGCGCCAUGAUGGGAACUCCUCUAGCAGCCUUCUUUAAGCCAAAGUAACCAGCCCUUGAUGCUCUGAGUCUGGGAGCACAGCUCCCAUAGCUCUGCUACAGCAGUGGUGCCCGCUGUUGGGUGCAUGCCAGCCCCUCUGCUACUGCCACUUUCGAAUGAGUUUUCCAGGGAUGGUGUGAUCCAUGUGGAUGCCCCCUAUGCAAGGGAAAGGACAGUACUGCAGAAUCACUGAUUAAAUGUGGAAUGAUGGCCUUGGAGAAUAAUGGAUAACCCAGAAGUGGGUGGAAGGAUGCAAGAAAGCCAGGUAGAUGGCUGGGUAGUGGAAGGGAGGAGAGAAAUAUAUGGAGCGAAUUGGAUGGAUGAAAGGCUGAAUGGAUAGAUGGAAAGACCGAAUGAUGGAUGAACAGAUGAAUGGACAAGAAAGAGUUUAAAAUUGGUGGUAGGAUAGAUAAAUAGACAAAGAGAUGGAUGAAAAAAUAGGUGGGAUAGUGAAUAGAUCAAAGGGAGGAAAGUGGGAGGGAAGGAAGGCAGGAGGAAAGAAGGCAGGAGGCAGGCUGAACAGACAGGACAGUGUGAGAGAGGACGUGGAUCCCAACCACAGGGCUGUUCUCCAUGUCCAUGAGUUUGUUUCUGUAGAUAGCUUCGUUUGUGCCAAGGGUUAGAUUCCAGAUAUAAGUGGAACAUGAGGGGGGAUAAUGUGAGAAACAGAAUAUGUGUGAGAGAGAGACUGGGUCACUUUGCUGUACAGCAGAAAUUGACAGAACAUUAAUUUUUUUUUUUUUUUUUUUAAAGAGAGGACAUGGAUGGAUAGGUGGGUGUAGAAAGAAAGACAGUUCCUUGGGGUUCUAGGCCGUCUAUGCGGGCUAGGACUUGGACCCUUUCCCCAUCAGCAUCGCGGCCCAUGUCACCCUUGGACCGGCCUCAGUUUCCCCUCUGUAAGAGCCUGCAGGUCCUCACGUUAGAGACGACGCUUGAAGGGCGACGGGGACCAAGGAAAACGGCGUUGGGCGGGCGUGGGGCGGUCCCGGAGCCCCGAGGCGGCGGCCCCGCCCCGAGGCGGCGGCCGGGCUGCGCUGGGCUCCGAGCGGAGACAGACCGUCGCUCCGGGAGCACGUAGAGCCGCUGGAGCCGGGCCGGGUGGACAGAUCCUGGGCCCCCAUGGCUGAGUAGAAGAUGAAGCCCACUCCAGCAGGCUCCUCCCCAGAGGCCUGCAAAGCUGCAGGGCAGGGGGAGCCGAGCUGCCCUGUCUGCCAGGCCCGGGGCGGGGUCUCGGCCCCCAAACCUGAGUCAGGGCCUGGGCUGGGACCUGGUGCUGUGUCCAGACCUGCGCUGGGGCCUGCUGUGGUUCUAGAACCUGGAUCAGGGCCUAUUGCUGUGUCCAGACCUGGGCUGGGGCCUGGUUCUGUGUCAGGUCCUGGAUCUGGGCCUGGUACUAUUCCAGGCCCUGGCGUAGGUUCUGGUGCUGUUCCGGGGCCUGGUACUGUUCUAGGGCCUGGGCCUGGGCCUAGUGUGGUUCUAGAACCUGGAUCAAGACCUGGUGCUGCUUCAGGACCUGGGCCAGGGCCUGGAGCAGUGUCAGGGCCUGGGCUGGGGCCAGGGCCUGGUCCUGCUCCAGGACCCAGUCUGGCUGUGGGGCCUGGGCCAGCAGCUGGGUCAGUACCUGCUUCCGGAGCUGCACCCUUACCUGGGCCCAGACGGGGAUCAGGGACUGGGCACGAACCCAGUGAGCCAAUAACAGCCCCAACACCAGCACCACAGCAGAAGACUCAGGUGACACCUGUGCUGGCCUCCAGGCAGAAGGUUCUGGUGACUGGAGGAGGAGGCUACCUGGGCUUUACCCUGGGUUCCAGCUUAGCUAAGAGCGGCAUUUCUGUCAUCCUGCUCGACCUCCGCAGACCCCAGUGGGAGCUGUGCCCAGGCACCGAGUUCAUCCAGGCUGAUGUCCGAGAUGCAGAAGCCCUGCACCAAGCCUUUGAAGGGGUGGACUGUGUCUUCCACGUGGCCUCCUACGGAAUGUCGGGAGCUGAGAAGCUGCAAAAAGAGCAGAUUGAGUCUAUAAAUGUCGGAGGCACCAAACUAGUGAUUGAUGUUUGCGUCCGCCGGCGGGUUCCAAGGCUCAUCUACACCAGCUCCGUCAAUGUCGUGUUUGGCGGGAAGCCCAUAGAACAGGGCGAUGAGGACUCUGUGCCAUAUGUCCCACUGGAGAAGCACAUGGACCACUACUCCCGAACCAAAGCCAUCGCCGACCAGUUGACCCUCAUGGCCAACGGGACACCUCUCCCAGGAGGAGGCAUUCUGCGGACCUGUGUGCUCAGGCCCCCAGGCAUCUAUGGCCCCGAAGAACAGAGGCACCUGCCCCGCGUGGCGGGCCACAUCAAGAAGAGGCUGUUCAUGUUCCGAUUCGGGGACCGCAGGACGCGGAUGAACUGGGUCCACGUGCGCAAUCUGGCGCAGGCCCAUGUGCUGGCCGCUGAGGCCCUCACCGCUGCCAAGGGCUACGUGGCCAGCGGGCAGGCGUACUACAUCAAUGACGGGGAGAGUGUCAACCUCUUCGAGUGGAUGGCCCCACUGUUUGAGAAACUGGGUCACAGCCAGCCCUGGAUCCAGGUGCCUACUUCCUGGGUUUACCUGUCAGCCACAGUGAUGGAGUAUUUGCAUCUGGCCCUGAGGCCCAUCUGCAGCCUCCCACCUCUGCUCACCCGGAGCGAGGUGCGCAGCGUGACCGUGACGCACACCUUCCAGAUCGCCAAGGCGCGCGCCCAGCUUGGCUACGCCCCGGACAAGUUCAGCUUCGCCGACGCGGUGGACCGAUACGUGCAGUCCACGUCCGGGCGGACCCACAGCUCUACGGCGAGGACGCUCCUGCGGCUGCUGCUUGGGCUGCUGCUGCUCCUCGGCCUGCUCGCCCUGGCCCUGCACUUCCUGGCCCUGCAGCCGUCCGUUGUCUGAUCGACGUCGCCGGCCUGUCCUUGCCCCUGCCUCAUCUUGGCGACCUGGAUCCAGCCCUACUCAGCCCCCGGGAUUUGAGCCCGCCCCCGAGUCCUGGACUGGUCCCCGCCCAGCCCUCUGCCCCGGCUCCACUUCCUGGGUAUUGUCCCCGCCUCCCGCGUUCUGACCCCGCCCCUGUCACGCCCACUGGGCUUUGACGGGCCCAUGCCCCGCCUUUGGAGCCGUGGUCACGCCCCCGCGUCUGGGUUUCCCUCCUAACCUCCGAGCCUCGGUCUGCCCUGGCCCGUGUCUUGGUUUCCCUCUGGCCUGGUUGAGAUGCCAAGGAGAAGUUCCUAGCCUCACAGCCUCCUCUGCCUUCUAGGCCUUCUCCGCGUCCCUGCCCAGGUGUGCCCCGACCCCGGGUUCACCCCCACUCUGGCUCCGCCCUCUUUCUAGCUCUACCAAUACAUCUGAGCCCCCUCCCCCCGUCCCUUGGCUGCUGCUUUGGUAACUGGCUUAGCCCCUUCCUCUUGGUUGGGUCCUUCCGCUCGCCUACUUGAGUUUCGGCCCUAGCCACGCCCCUCCCUUAUGGCUCCACCCCCUCCGGCCACACCUCCUGGGUGAGUUCUUGCGUCCUGGCUGCCGCGGCUUCUGCAGGCUGGGCUAACUUUGCAAGUUUUCUCUCACUGCUCUCUUUCUAGGGACACCGAGCUUCUUCACUGCCCGAGCUCUUGGGGCUUGUCCUGAGAUCUGCCUGAGUUUCUCUGGGCUUGCCCUGAGAUCGUCUCGGGAUCUUGGAUUAGACCCAUUCUGGGAGCAUUGCGUUUGAUCCACUGCUAUGCUUAUGUCUUGGGUUCGCUCACUCAUGCAGUCUCCUUAUGCGUUUAUAACCGGGGAUGGAAGGAUACCUGAGAACCAGGCUUCUGCCCAGCCCAACUUGGCCUUUUUGGGCUUCCUGUAUAUGAGUCUGGGGAUUAGUAAGCACAGACUUCGGUACUACAAGGGACAUCAGAAAAGGGGGAAAAAAGCAAGAUAAUGUGAGAAAAAAGAGUAUAUAUGUAUGUGUGACUGGGUGCAAUUGACAGAACACUGUAAAUCAGCUAUAAUGGAAAAAAAUAAAAAUCAUUUUAAAGGGGGGGAAUUUUUAGGGUGGUCAAAAGAUACAAACUUCCACUUCAGUAAAUAAAUCAUGGGGGUAUAAUGUACAGCCUGGUCAUUAUAGCUAAUAAUACUGUACUGUAUAUACGAAAGUUGCUGAAAGAAGAUCUUGAGUUUUUAUCACAAGAAACAUAAUUGCAGCUUUGCGCGGUGAUGAAAGUUAACUAGACAUUGUGAUCAUUUUACAAUAUGUACAUAGAGGAAAAAUUGUGUUGUACACCUGAAACUAAUGUUGCAUAUCAAUUAAAUCUCAAAAAAAAAAAAGCCUUUUUAGAAAAGAAUUGGAUCUCUUGAAAGAAAAAGUACCAAUAUAGUUAUAACGGGAGUUAUUAGAAAUUUCUUGGUGAUAUUUUAUGGUUUAGUAUUGCUUCUGUUUGUUAAUGAGGGGGCCAGCAGAUAAUCUUUAAUGUUGAAACCAUAAAAUUUCUUAAUCCA